AUCAGCCCAGCGCCGCGGGGGGCGUGGCCGGCGCGUGGUGCGGCACGGCGCUGUGCGGCAGGUGCAGGUGCAGGCGCAGGCGCGCGGCUGUGGGCGGCCCGUGGGGUGCUGAGGCGAUGCUGAACCUGGCGGAGGUCGGCGGGUCCCUGCUGGAGCGGGUGGCCGUCGGCAACCCCCUCUCCCUGGUCCUGGCCGCCUCCGCUUUCGCGCUGAGCCUCGGCUACCUGUUCCAGCUGGGAUACCGGCGCCACGUCGGGUCCGACCGGAGGAAGUACCCACCUUAUAUUUCGUCAAGCAUCCCUUUCCUUGGACAUGCAAUCGCAUUUGGAAAAAGUCCCAUUGAGUUUUUGGAAAAUGCUUAUGACAAGUAUGGACCUGUGUUCAGUUUCACUAUGGUUGGCAAGACAUUCACGUACUUACUGGGUAGUGAUGCUGCUGCUCUACUCUUCAACAGUAAAAAUGAAGAUUUGAAUGCAGAAGAUGUAUACUCUCGGUUAACUACACCAGUGUUUGGCAAGGGAGUUGCUUACGAUGUGCCUAAUACGGUAUUUUUGGAACAGAAGAAGAUGCUCAAAACCGGGCUAAAUAUUGCCCAGUUCAAACAGCAUGUAUCUGUGAUUGAAGAAGAAACAAAGCAGUAUUUCAAAGCAUGGGGAGAAAGUGGAGAAAAAAACUUGUUUGAAGCCCUUUCAGAACUUAUCAUUUUGACAGCGAGUCAUUGCUUGCAUGGGAAGGAAAUAAGAAGUUUGCUGAAUGAGAAGGUGGCUCAGCUGUACGCCGAUUUGGAUGGGGGUUUUACUCACGCUGCCUGGCUUCUGCCAGGUUGGCUACCUCUGCCUAGCUUCAGACGUCGAGACCGAGCACACAAAGCAAUAAAGAAUAUUUUCUACAAGGUUAUCCAGAAACGUCGAAAGUCUGAGGAAAAGGAGGAUGACAUGCUCCAAACUCUACUUGAUGCUUCAUACAAGGACGGCCGUCCGCUGACUGACGAUGAAAUAGCUGGCAUGCUGAUCGGGUUGCUGCUGGCGGGGCAGCACACAUCCUCCACCACCAGUGCCUGGCUUGGCUUCUUCAUCGCCAGAGACAAAUCAAUACAGGACCAGUGCUACGCAGAACAAAAAGCAGUCUGUGGGGAUGACUUGCCACCGUUAACUUACGACCAGCUCAAGGAUCUCAGUUUGCUGGAUCGCUGUCUAAAAGAAACUUUAAGGCUUCGACCUCCUAUAAUGACCAUGAUGAGAAUGGCCAGAACUCCCCAGACUGUUGCUGGAUACAAUAUUCCCCCCGGCCAUCAGGUCUGUGUGUCUCCCACUGUUAACCACAGACUCAGGGACUCCUGGAAAGAUGCUCUAGAAUUCAAGCCCGACCGCUAUCUCCAGGAUAACCCAGCAGCUGGAGAGAAGUUUGCCUACGUUCCAUUUGGCGCUGGCCGUCAUCGCUGCAUUGGAGAAAACUUUGCUUAUGUUCAGAUUAAGACUAUUUGGUCUACUUUGCUUCGUUUGUAUGAAUUUGAUCUCAUCAAUGACUAUUUUCCAACUAUAAAUUACACAACAAUGAUACACACACCUAAUAACCCCCUCAUCAGAUACAAGAGGAGGUCACUGUAAAUUCUGGAGCUAAAACCUUACUUAUUUAAGUUGUGUAAACUAACAGACAAAAUAAGUGGCAAAUGGAAACUGUUGCAUCUCCUGUGAGGAAAGCAACAAGAAUCUACCAAGUGCAAAGUCUUUGCAUCUAUUUCUUAUUGCAUUUUUACAGAAAGUGUCUUUUCUAUUGGUGUAACACGUUUAAGGUGCAUGCCAACUCUUUAAGAUGAAGUAGUGAGUAAUUUCUAUAAACGGAACUUUUAUGAAAAAUAAUGGAAGAUUACUUUUCCCCAGAUAACAAAGGGUGAUACUGUAUCUUCUUACCUCCGUGCCUGAUUACAGUAAAUCCAGCAGGGAAGAGGCACCGAGGGGGGAGGUAGCUGGUGGUGCUCCACUCCUGAUGUUUGUCAUUCUGCUCCAAGCAAACUAGGUCUGGUCUUGGCUGGUUCUUGGAUACUUAUUUAAAGAAAUGUUACUGUACAGCUGAGCAGUGUCAGACUACAAAAUGUUCAAAGAAAGAGGCAUCGUUUCUGAGAGGGGACCAUUUAAAUGUCCAACUCGAACCAGUUAUAAAAUGCUUAGGUUCCGAAAGGAACAAGUAAUUCUCUAAAAAUUUCUGAAACUAGUGAUCUCUGAAGGCUUGAUUUAAGUGUGAAAGUAACAAUAUGAUGAUAAAAACAACAUUAACUUUGUAAAUAACAUGUUUGUGUAUAAAAGAAUGUUCAUGAACAUUAAGUGAAAUAGCUGAAUGUUGUUCCCUUUUGUACUGAUUCAUGCAAGAUUGUUAACUGGUGUUUGGUUCAAGAGUGGUGGUGAUUAAUGGCAAUGAGCUCUGGCUCCCAGGAGCUUUGAAUUAAAUUUAUAAACAAAUCUACUGCAGAAGUUUUCUGUCCUCAACCCUGGCAAUUCUGAAAAGCUUUUAUAAGUAAGUUUGUAAUAAACUUAUCUUUCUUUCCCGUAAAAGUAUGAGGUUGGUCAUGCAAAGAGCUCCCCACCUUCAGUGCUCACUGCAGCAAGGGCUUUGUCCCAUCUUUCCUCUUUUAAACUCGGGUGUAACUUCUAAAACUUCAUGUUUGUAUCAGUCACAGCAGCUGAGGGAGUGCAAUAUCUUCCCUUCCAGCCCCAAAAGAGGUG